GGCAAACACUGUCAAAAACCUGCCAAACGUUUUAUAAAUAAUCGUAAAAAUUCAAGUGUUAUUAAUGAAUUUAUCUGAACCAAUUGACCGUUUCGCCCCCAUAUCGCCGUCAGCAUAAACAAACUGCAGUUUUCAGUGUCAUUCAAGUCGCCGUAUGGAAAUCAGCCAUGUAACCAGCCUGAAAAGAAAUCGAAACUCCUGACUGAAAAUCCCAACACAGCACGAUUUCGCAAACCACCACUGCAAUGGCAUCAAUCGAGUACGACUUGGACACCUCUGGGGGUCUCAUGGACCAAAUCCAAGCCCUAAUCGCGCCCCCACAAUCCGAGGACACCAAAUCGAGGAAGUCCGCCAGCGAGCAUCCGUAUUUCAAGCGUCCUGGCAAGGGGCACAACCACGACAGUUGCGACGCGUGCGGUGAAGGGGGCGACUUGAUUUGCUGCGACAAGUGUCCCUCGAGUUUCCAUCUGCAAUGCCAUGAUCCCCCCUUAGAGGAGAAGGAUAUACCGAGUGGGGAGUGGUUGUGUCACAGUUGUAAAUAUGCAAAGAAGAUUAAUGCACCACAGACGAGGAAUAAACGCUCGGCCUCCACCCCAGCGGGAAAAGCGCCCAAAAAGGCCAAAGUCACGCCAAUGGAGGUCUUGAUUCAAGCCGCCAGUUCUAUGAACCCCAAGCAGUUUGAUCUCCCCAGGAGUAUGAGUGUCCCAUGCAUUUUUCCAGGGACUGAUAAAGUUGAGGCGCCGUAUUCCCGCAACGGUCGCAAAACGCUGAAAGUCCCCAAAGACCAUGAGAAGAAGCAAGACGCUACAAUUCUCCUUCCUGCGAAGAAAUGCCAUGAAUGUCGCAAAUCUUGCCGUAUAGCUCCUUUAAUUUCGUGCGACUUUUGCUCCCUAUAUUUUCACAUGGAUUGUUUAGAUCCGCCAUUAACGACGCCACCUAGCGGCCGUUGGAUGUGCCCCAAUCACGUUGAGCAUUAUCUCGAUUCCAAACUGCUUACUUCCAUUUCGGCCACUGAACGCAUCAAACUCUGGGAUAAAUUCAACGGUCCAGUCGAUCAAGACGCAAUUCGAUUGGAUUUUUUCCGGAAAAUUCACAGCAAAAAUCCCCCCUUUCGUGUAAAAAUUAAAUUAGCGGCGAAAAAUCGCGUCAAAGUACCACCAAUGGUCAAAUAUCAUUAUCGCAAACCGGUGAACUUGCUACCGAGUUUAAAAGAUGUCUUAAGAUUAGAGAGUGUGUUGAGCAGAGAAAUGGACGUUGUGAAGUGUGAAGAAGUUGUACAAAGUACGAAUAGUUUGUGUAACGGUCCCGAGGAUCAAACGUGUGAUAAAAAAACAGACGAAAAUACUCAAAAAGUCGAAGGGGAGGAUGAUAAUAAGGAGGAUUUCUCCUGUCGAAAUGGCUGUAUCAAAAAUGAGGUGAUAAAUGGGGCGACGCUCGACCAAAAGGACAAUAUUUUCCUCCCAGAUGUGGUGUCGGAUAUUACGAACGAAGUUGAAGUCGAAUUGAAGCAGUUAGACGACCGACUAGUGAAACUCCUCGCUUACCAACGCAUCCAACACCUCCUCAACCAGCCGAACAAUUCCGCCAACUUAAAUUUGUAUUUACCGUCGAAUUUGCAAAGCAAGUUACGUCACAUGCCUAUGCCGAGCGAAUUGUUGACCCCCGCCGACAUCGAGCGGAUAUCUCGUGUCUUUUCCAGUCCGAAGAAGAAAAAUAAGCCGAAAUCGGCGCUUCGCGCACGCGCCAUGAUGUGUCCGGUGGUUUCCCCACAUUUCUACAAUGUGCGCACGUCAGAAGUUAGUCCAAAUGAUGUGCGACACGACGAUAGUUUCCUCGGGUUUAGACCGACGGUCUCGGCGAGGUAUCCCGAAGCGGUCGCGAUGAGGUAUAGGGUACUCAAUGUGGGCAAGGGGUCCGCCAACGACGUCGAUUUGGAGCGAUUCGGACAUUGCAAUAACAUAUCAGCGAGGCAUGCGAUCAUCUUCUAUGAUGAGUUUACAAAAAACUUCGAGUUGAUAAACUACUCGUCGCACGGUACGUUUGUGAACAACGUUUUGUUUUCGAAUGACACCAAUACCGAGCGUCCCAAGCAAUGUGAGGGAAAAAUCGUACCGUUGGAGGUCCAAGUGCGCGAGAUAAUCGAUAGGAGACGAAAAGUGGUACGUCAACGAAAAAACUCAUUUGAGACGAAAAUGACAGCAAUAGAUAAUAUGGAUAUGAUGGAAUGUUGUUGCACGAAUGUGGGUGACUCAUCACGGAUAGGAUGGGAAGGAUCGGCGAUUUUAAACCAUGGAAGUCUUUUAAGGUUCGGGUGCGUCUCUUUCGUAUUUUCAAUAGUCGAUUGUGCGGCAUAAAAAACUCACUCACAACAAAGAUACAUUUUUACUUGAAUUACAUACAUGAUACAAAUAUACGAUCUGUACAAAAAUACGAAAUAAAUGCAGAAUUGUGAAA